UUUAACGUAGGCUAAGCAACCCACUGUAGGAUAGAGUAGUCCACAGAACAGACGUUCAGUGGGCGUAGCAGUUUGAGGUUCUCGCUGUGCGCAACGUGGGCUUCUCCAAGCUACCGUAUUGCAAUAUGUCAGAGAGCGUUAGUAGGAGUUCAAGAAAAGUAGAUAAGGUAGACUAGCUCAUACCAUAUUGUAAAUGUCCGUCCCUAUCAACUGACAGGUCCCACCCUAGGUUGAUGACAGUGUUGUCCCCUCACAAGAAAACCUGGAUUGUGCUUUAUCCUUGGCGAUUGGAUUGGUUUGAGUUCACCUGACUCACACUCGCAGACCUGGUGUGUGUGCAUGCAGCAUUAUGGAUCCGACGAGGCUUCUAACGGAGAACGACCGCCGCUCUCUUUCAACAACUCCAGCCCGUUACCCGUGGCUCCUUCACGGGUAAGGAGGUUCGCUCAGGAGAGGCGAGCGCUCCCUCAGCCGAGAGUGAUGGUGGUAUUCUCGGCCGCAAAUGAGAUUGAUAAACCAGGCGAUGCAAUGUCGAGUUCGGACUCUGCGGAGGAUGAUUUCCGAAAGCCAGCCACCCCCGCACCGAACCUAAAUCUAGGCAAGUCUCUUCGUACCACCUUUAACGAAUCUCCAUCUCCAGAGUUUCCUGAGGUUAUUUCUCUCAACGUGGGUGGGACCUACUUCACCACCCGCCUGUCCACUUUACGGCGCUAUGAGGACACCAUGCUCGCCGCCAUGUUUAGUGGACGCCAUCACAUCCCACGUGAUGCUGAAGGUCGCUUCUUCAUUGACCGGGAUGGGGCAUAUUUCGGGGAUAUCCUGAACUUCCUGCGCGAGGGUGAACUACCUCAGAGGGAUCGUGUGAGGUCAGUACACAGGGAGGCCCAGUACUAUGCUAUUGGUCCCCUGUUGGACAGCCUGGAGGACACUCAGCCACUCACAGGAGAGAAAGUCCGCCAGGCCUUCCUCGACCUCCUGCCCUACUACAAGGAUAAUCUGGAGCGCAUCGUGGAGAUUGCCAAACUGCGGGCCAUGCAGAGGAAGGCUCGCUUCGCCAAGCUGAAGAUUUGCGUGUACAAGGAGGAGAUGCCCAUCACGCCGUACGAGCGGCCGCUCUUCAAUUCGUUGCGCUUUGAGCGCACGGAGAGUGAGGCCAAGCUGUUUGAGCACCACUGUGAGGUGGACGUGUCGUUCGGGCCCUGGGAGGCUGUGGCGGACGUUUACGACCUGCUCCACUGCAUCGUCAGUGACCUGGCGGAGCGUGGGAUCACCGCCGACCAGCAAUGCAUCGGUGUCUGUGACAAACAUCUCAUCAACCACUACUACUGCAAGAGGCCCAUCUACGAGUUCAAGAUCACAUGGUGGUAAAGCAGGAGGACAAAAGAUCUUGCUGUCUGAGUUGUGAGGCGGACUCCUGUCGUGUUAUGCCAACUGAUCUCCUUCCUGGUCCCUCAGGAUGAGCGAGAAUAUGGGUAGUCAGUGUUAUUCUCCCUUUUCUAGAACUGAAACCUAUGAAGUGCUGAGUUUAUAGAAAGGAGGGAGUCUGGCUUUUGUGCUUCUGUUUCCUAACUCAAUUGUUGUGACCAAUGUUUCCUUUGUGUUGAUUUUUUUAACAGUAUUUACCUAGGGUCUCAUUGGCUGCUUCUUAUUUUUUACUUGUUAAACUCUGGGAGUUUUUGUUCUCAUCCAACCUUGUAGAUCGGCCAAGGUUUUUCAGAAAAGGGUCAAGUUAAUCUCAUAUUGUGAUUCCAGUGUUGUCUGUCCCUUUGUCUUCAUUCCUACUUAUGCUGUUAUGCAUUCUACGUUGUGCGUUUCUGUGGUAACCACUUUGUUGGUCGCGAGAGAAACUGGAUGCAAUUAUGCAAGCUGGGGAAAUAUUGUUAAAGUACUGUAUAUAGCUACAUGUAAAUGUAUAUUUUGUUACUGAUGCUGGUCUUUGAUUUAUACAUUAUAUUUUCUGUCACUUACUCUCCCGUAAAGAUUUAGAAGUCCUAGAUUAGAGAUACCAGUAAGUGUCGAUCUUUGCUCAACAGUCUGUGAUCAGCAUGGCUUUGGAAAGUCAUAAUUUUUUUACCAUUACAGUUUUAGAGACCCAAAGGAAAUUAGAGAGUUGAAAAUCAAAUAGUUUAAAGGGGCAUGGUCAAAGUUAUUUUACUUCAGUUUCCUCUUGAUGGAUCCCAUAUGUUCUUUUAACUGGAAAUGUUUAUCUGGCAGUUGAAAAUGGUGCAUGUGCUUCCUGUAAGUAAAAUCUUACUGCCCCAGAAUUUCUCUCUGAAGGGGUUUCUAUAGAUGAAGGAAAAUGUUUAAUGUGCUGCUAAAGGUAAUUUACACUUAAAAAGCUAAGAACACGACAUAUACACCACAUGGCCAAAAGUAUGUGGACACACCUUCAAAUUAGUGGAUUCUGCCAUUUCAGCCACACCCGUUGCUGACAGGUGUAUAAAAUCGAGCACACAGACAUGCAAUCGCUAUAGACCAACAUUGGCAGUAGAAUGGCACGUUCUGAAGAGGUCAGUGACUUUCAACGUAACCAUCAUAGGAUGCCACCUUUCCAAUAAGUCACUUUGUCAAAUUUCUGCCCUGCUAGAGCUGCCCCGGUCAACUGUAAGUGCUGUUAUUGUGAAGUGGAAACAAGUGGUAGGCCACACAAGCUCAUAGAACGGGACCACCGACUGCUGAAGCGUGUAAAAAUCGUCUGUCCUCAGUUGCAACACUCGCUACCGAGUUCCAAACUUCCUCUGGACGCAACGUUAGCACAAUAACUGUUCGUUAGGAGCUUCAUGAAAUGGGUUUCCAUGGCCGAGUUGUCACACACAAGCCUAAGAUCAUCACCAUGCGCAAUGCCAAGCGUUGGCUGGAGUGGUGUAAAGCUUGCCACCAUUGGACUCUGGAGCAGUGGAAACGUGUUCUCUGGAGGGAUGAAUCACACUUCACCAUCAGGCAGUCUAAAGAAUGAAUAUGGGUUGGGCGGAUGCCAGGAGAACGCUACCUGCCGCAAUGCAUAGUGCCAACUGUAAAGUUUGGUGGAGGAGGAAUAAUGGUCUGGGGCUGUUUUUCAUGGUUCAGGCUAAGCCCCUUAGUUCCAGUGAAGGGGAAAUGUUAGUGUAUAGCGUACAAUGACAUUCUAGAAAAUUCUGUGCUUCCAACUUUGUGGCAACAGUUUGGGGACGGCCCAUUCCUGUUUCAGCAUGACAAUGCCCCCUGCACAAAGCAAGGUCUAUACAGAAAUGGUUUGUCGAGAUUGGUGUGGAAGAACUUGGCCUGCACAGAGCCCUGACCUCAACCCUAUCGAACACCUUUGGGAUGAAUUGGAACGCCGACAUCGAGCCAGGCCUAAUUGCCCAACAUCAGUGCCCGUCCUCACUAAUGCUCUUGUGGCUGAAUGGAAGCAAGUCCCCGCAGCAAUGUUCCAACAUCUAGUAGAAAGCCUUUCUAGAAGAGUGGAGGCUGUUAUAGCAGCAAAGGUGGGACCAACUCCAUGUUAAUGCCCAUGAUUUUGGAAUGAGGAGUUUGACGAGCAGGUGUCCAUAUACUUUUGCCAUGUAUGUGGUGACAUCCAUCUUUGGGUCUUUGGCGUUAGAACUUUAUAGCUCGAACUGCUUCUAUCUGCAUUUUUGUCUAAAUUGAGUUUUUGACAUAGCUUUGUUCAAUGUUCUCUACCUAUAUAGUACUCAAAGUUCCGAACUCUCAUUGGUUUGAAUGGUAUCAGCAAUUUUAUCUUGUAUUCUUUCGAAAUUAACAACAUGAAUUGUGGUAUUUUAAAUACCAAUUAUCUCAAUCGUGUUUUUGCAGAUAGUCCCAAGGUCUCGAGUUGAGAAUUUAGCAGAUUUUUGAUGAUACUGUAUAUUUGCCAUUAUAUGGACAUAUGCUUCAACAAUUCCAUCUUCUUUUGCAGUAUGACAUAGAUUAGUCAUUCAAGUUUCAUAUGAUAAUUUUAUAUGACAUGGUAUUUCUACGGAUUAAAUAAAUUCAGCUUAAGUGCCUUUUCCUAAGGGCAACUGUUUCACUUACAUGGAGCUUAAACCAGGAAACCACACAAUAUUUUUUUCUAAUCAAGGACAACUGCAGUGACACUAUUGUCACCUCCCCCGUGGGUUAGUUCUGUUUUCUUUUUUGUUCCCUGUGUUGUUUAGUUAAUUAAUAUUAGAUUUAUACAGAUGUCAGAUUGAUAUGUCCAUUCAAUUACCUUUUCAUAGAGUAGGCUACACGUUCUUGUUUUAGAGGGCUCAGGAUCAAAAUGAUUGUGUGCAAUGUUUGUGAAUCCAUGACUUGGUUUUCAGAAUGAAAUACAGUAAUGUAGUGUUGUAAAUGUAUGUCCAGCUAGGUUCUUCUGGGAAUAGGCCAAUUAACGCUUUAUAACAGAACAGACAACACAUUACUGUAUGCCCAGGCACCUUGGUUUUUCCAAUAUAGGCCCAUUAAUGGGGCGGCAGGGUAGUGGUUAGAGCAUUGGACUUGUAACCGGAAGGUUGCAAGUUCAAACCCCUGAGCUGACAAGGUACAAAUCUGUCGUUCUGCCCCUGAACAGGCAGUUAACCCACUGUUCCUAGGCCGUCAUUGAAAAUAAGAAUUUGUUCUUAACUGACUUGCCUGGUUAAAUAAAGGUAAAAAUAAAUUAUAACAGAACAGACAACACAUUACUGUAUGUCCAGGCAGCUUGGUUUUUCCAUUAUAGGCCCAUUAAUGCUUUAUAACAGAACAGACAACACAUUACUGUAUGUCCAGGCAGCUUGGUUUUUCCAUUAUAUGCCUAUUAAUGCUUUAUAACAGAACAAAUAACACAUUAAUGUAUGUCCACAGUUUGGUUGUUCCGGUAUAGGCCUAUUAAUGCUUUAUAACAGACCAAACAAUACAGUAUGUUAUUACUGGGUGUCAGUCAGGUGGAUCAAGGUGGAUAGUAUUUUUUUACUUGUUUUGUGCUAUUGAUGUCAUGUUACACAGGUCUCUAAGUUUGGCUUGGAUAAUGUGACUUUAUUUUCCUUCUGUUUAACUCUAUGAUACUAGGCUGAGUGAUUGACAACAAGUGUUAAGAGUUGCUACUUUCUUACUGUUGGGUGUCAAUUGAUUGGAUUUUUGUCAAUUUUUAUGAAGCUUGUCACAGAUAGAGCCUUUAAUCUUUUAAAAUAGAAUUGCAGGGAUGGUUUGGGGGUUAGAAUACAAUUGUAUUUAUUUAUUUCAGUAUUUUAGGCAACUUAGACUUGAGGAACAUUCCUUGCACCUUAUUGAAGUGUCUCCCUUGGCUGGUGAAUGUCUUUUGCAGAUUCCAUAGCUGGCCCAUGUCUAGGCUGCUCGUGGCAUGGGAAAGUUGGAAAAACAAUGCACAGCUUGACAAGUGGCCUAAUUUUUCAAGAAUAAUAUCUUGCUUUAUCUUACAUAUUGCAUUAUUUGUUGUAAGGGUAUGCUCUAUUGUGCUAAUACUAAGUCAUAUUUUUUGUUUUUAUAACAAGGUACAAAUACAGUUUGCCUUAGUCUGUAUAAAAUGA